AGCCAUGAGAGAAGCUCUAGAGCUGAAGACAAGUAAUACACUAAUGCCAAUGCUGAACGCAUUUCCAAUACUGUAUUAGACCUUCUUCAUUCCUUGACGCCAUUUAUUCCUUCAACUCCCACGCUUAUUUGUACAUGCUUAUACGUUAUCCUUCAAGUUCACCACCGUCUCUAGUAGCAACUCUCUUAUCCAGGGGAAAAUGACCAAACCAUGGUCUCUCGCUCUGGGUUUCAUCUCUCUCUUCCUCCUAUCUCAUGGGGCUUCUGGCUUCACCCGCCCGGGUCCACGAAGGAUCAUCACCACCCGGCACAACAAAUCAGAGUCUCACCCACAACAGGUCCACAUAUCGGCAGUUGGGGCAGAUGGAAUGAGGAUUUCAUGGAUCACGGACGAUAAGCAUGUCCCAUCGAUCGUCGAGUAUGGGAAGGCUCCCGGAAAAUAUGACUUGUCGGCCACCGGAGAGCAUACUUCAUAUCGGUACAUCUUCUAUACCUCCGGCAAGAUCCACCAUGUCAAGAUUGGACCAUUGGAACCUGAUACUGUCUACUACUACCGUUGUGGUGGAGUUGAUGAUGAGUUCAGCUUCAAAACCCUGCCGGCUACUCUUCCCAUUGAGUUCGCCAUUGUAGGUGAUCUUGGACAAACCGAAUGGACUGCAUCAACCUUGGCCCAUGUUGGUAAGACAAACUACGACAUGCUUCUCCUCCCGGGUGAUCUCUCUUAUGCUGAUACGAAUCAACCACUAUGGGACUCAUUUGGACGCCUCGUCGAGCCUUAUGCCAGCAAACGCCCAUGGAUGGUCACCGAAGGCAACCAUGAGAUCGAAACCUUCCUAAUCCUCCAUUCUCACCCCUUUGACGCUUACAAUUCUCGGUGGCGCAUGCCGUAUGAGGAGAGCAGCUCCACCUCAAACCUCUACUAUUCCUUCGACGUGGCUGGUGCAAUUCAUGUCAUCAUGUUGGGCUCCUACACCGAUUUUGACUCCAAAUCAGACCAGUACAAAUGGCUCGUCAAGGAUCUAGCUAAGGUCGAUAGAGGGAAGACACCAUGGCUUAUCGUACUCCUCCAUGCACCAUGGUAUAACACCAAUACAGCUCACCAAGGGGAAGGGGAGGCCAUGAGGAAGGCCAUGGAGUCACUACUCUACAAUGCUCGGGUCGAUGCCAUCUUCGUUGGACAUGUCCAUGCCUAUGAGCGCUUCACAAGGGUCUAUGACAAUAAAGCCAAUUCUUGUGGUCCAGUGCACAUAACCAUUGGCGAUGGAGGGAAUAGAGAAGGUCUUGCAAGAGACUUUGAUGAGGACCACAAGAGUGCUUCUCUCUCGUUGUUCCGCGAGGCGAGCUUCGGGCACGGGCGGCUGAAGGUGGUGAAUCGAACUCAUGCACAUUGGUCGUGGCACCGGAAUGAUGACUCUGAGUCGACGGUCGCAGAUGAGGUGUGGCUCGACAGCCUCAGUGCAUCAGAAGCAUGUAAAAUUGACCCAAGUCUUCCAUUUUCUGGCACUGCCGUAGUGGAUGAACUAUAGAUAAUGGAAAUGUAUGCCAUUAGAUAUGUUAAUGACCAAUUACUCUAGUGGAUUAACAGGAAAUAUAUAUGAAUCCAUGCAUCCAGACUUCAGCUGACCUCCCUAGGAUCGGUUGUUUCUCGUGAAGUUAUUAUAAGGGUUUACUGGGUGGGCCAAAUUGGUUUUGGGCUUUAAAUUUUGACUCGAAUGC